AUGUCGGCGUGCAAUGUUUGCCAGACCAAUCAGGCUGCCUGCAUCAAUUCCACAUCAUUUUACUUGUGCUUUGGAGAUGCAAUGCCUCACACGGACCAUGUUUACACUUGCCUCGAUGGCUUUGAGUGCACCGACCGGACAGCGAUUUGUUUGCAGAAAAAUGCUCAGAGGCCUCCCAGCUGUGGGGAUACCAGCAAGUGUGGACUCUGUAGUGCUCAUAGAAACUAUAAGUUCGCCUGCCACAGCAAACGCACUUUUCAAAUGUGCUACGGUGCCGCCCGGCCCGUUGGACCCCUGGGCACCUGUCCAGAGAACACAGUUUGCGAUGCCACCAGCGACUUGGUCUGUGUGACUCCAAUAACUGGUCAACCCCUAACCUGUGACAUAAACGAUGAUUUGGUGAUCACGAGCAGCACAAGCACCACGAGCAGCACAAGCACCACGAGCACCACAAGCACCACACCCAAACCCACGGACGGACCUCCGCAGACAGCGCAGCAAGUGUGCGCGCAAAAGACUAAGUCGGGUCUCUAUGAGACAGUGCCUAGAGAUCCAUAUUGCAAACGUUACAUUAGCUGCCACAUUACCGCUAAGAAAAUAACAGCUAGGGAAUAUGGCUGUACUGCUAGCAGCUUCUUUGAUGCGGAAAGACAAAGCUGUACUACCGUAGCACCACUUGAAUGUACUGUAUUAUUUUAA